CCCCCCACGAGCCACUGUAUCGUGGGCGAUCAUCAACAAUGACUGCUGCCUCUCGGGCAAGCUCUCCCCGAGGGCCCCAGCUUGAAGGAUAUCCACAGCCUGUGGAAACGGUUAGUACUGACUUGUCUGAGAGCAGCUCCGAGGACUUGAAAGAAGCAGGCCGGAAGUCAACUGGGAGGAACCACAGUGAGGUGAUCCACACCCCAGGCUGGCCCGACACGUUUGAUAAGAUGUACAAGUGUCUACACUGGCAGUACUCCAAGCUGAUGAAGUUCUUCAACUGUCUGCUACUGCUGGUCGGGUGUUUCGUCAUGACCGGUGCCAUGUUCUUCAUCAUCACGGGGGCCCACCCAUACAUCAGCCGGACCACCGCCCAGGACAAACGACGCUUCUCCGUGCUCGUACCUACGUUCAUUCUAAAAGCUGCACAGAAGAUGGCUGUGACGCUCUCACUCCUGGCUUCCAAGAACAUCGGGACUCUCGAACCUUUCCUCAUCCUGUGA